AUGCUGACAGAUGAACCAGAGGUUAUAUUUAGCAGUAAUGGAUAUAUUGAAUACCAAAAAGGGAACAUGCCUUUAAUUGUUUGUAUACCACAUGGAGGACGUCAGCGUCCACCAGAAGUACUAAAUCGCGAAAAUUCCUCAAAAACAAUUACAAAAAAUGAUCUUUAUAUUCAAGAAAUUGGAAAAGAUCUAAAAAAGGAAAUUAUAAAACUUAAAAGUCAACCUUAUUUAAUAGUAAAUCACUUGCAUAGAAGCAAACUUGAUGUUAACCGCAAAUUAGAAGAAGGAUCUUCUGCUCCUGAAACUAAAAAAGCUUGGGAAGAGUAUCAUAAUUUUAUAUCCCGAGCGAUUGAAGAUAUAAAAGAAAAACACGGGCGUGGCUUAUUGAUCGACCUUCAUGGUGAGAAAAAUGUCGUUUUGGUUUUUAUUGUGUUGCUUAUUUUUUUAUACAUAGGACAUGUGCAAUCUGAAAAUAUCGAGUUGGGAUAUACGCUAUCGAAAGAGGAGUUAAUGCUAUCAGAUGAACAUAUUAAUCAAUCCCCAUCUGUUCAAACUAAGUCUAGCAUAAAAAAUCUUUAUCUUUAUCAUAAAGAAUCGCUUUCUUUUGCAGAAUUGCUACGUGGAAAAUUUAAUUCUCUUGGCGGCAAGUUGCAAUCAUAUAGUUAUGAAACAACUCCUUCUCAUAUUAACCAAUGUCCCAAAGAAGAUGAAAAGUAUUUUUCUGGUGGAUAUACUAUAAAAAAAUAUAAAUCAUUCAUCGAUGCCAUCCAAAUUGA